AUGGGAGACGCACGAGAAAUAGAUGCCCUGCCACCAUUGGCCAUCGUCGGGCUGUCACUGAAAUUCCCACAGGACGCCGUGUCACCAGAGUGCUUCUGGGACAUGAUCGUGCAGGGACGAUGCGCUGCAACAGAGUUCCCCCCCGACAGGUUGAAUAUAGACGCCCACCACCAUCCCAAUUCCAACCGCCUAGACAGCCUGUCCAUGCGAGGCGGCCACUUCAUGAAGGAGGACCUGAGUCUGUUCGAUGCUCCCUUCUUCUCCAUUACCGCCGCCGAGGCGGAGGCCAUGGACCCCCAGCAGCGAUUAGUACUCGAGGCGUCAUACCGGGCGCUCGAGAACGCCGGUAUCACCAUGGACGAGGUAUCUCGCUCGAAAACGUGUGUGUUCGCAGGGUCCUUCGGGCACGACUACGAGACGCUCCAGAACAAGGAUCUCCAAGCGAUGUGCAAGUUCUCAGCGACAGGAACCUCGAUGAACAUGCAAUCCAACCGAGUCAGCUGGUUCUUCAACCUCAAUGGCCCCAGUGCAACAGUGGACACUGCCUGCUCGAGCAGCUUGAUGGCCGUUGAUCUCGCGUGCCAGUCGAUUUGGAGCGGCGACUCCAAGAUGGGCAUGGCGAUCGGGAGCAACACGAUCCUGGCUCUGGAAACGGGCCUCAUCCUUGAUAACCUCGGGCUUAUGUCUCCGGAUGGCCGGUGUUACAGCUUCGACAGUCGCGGAAAUGGGUAUGCCCGCGGUGAGGGCGUUGGGGUGCUGGUUAUCAAGCCUGUGGAGGAUGCCAUCCGCGACGGCGAUACGGUUCGUGCUGUUAUCCGGUCCUCUGCGUCGAAUCAGGACGGGAGGACUCCUGGGAUUACGCUGCCGAGUAUAGGAAUGCAAGAGACGCUUAUCCAGGAUACAUACCGCAAGGGAGGUCUUGAUAUGUCAGAGACGCGCUAUUUCGAAGCCCAUGGCACCGGAACAGCGGUGGGAGAUCCAAUCGAGAGUAAAGCAAUCGGUACAAUCUUCCGGCCGUAUCGCACAAAUGAGGACCCUUUGUAUAUAGGAUCAGUGAAGUCUACCAUCGGCCAUCUUGAAGGAGCCGCCGGAGUAGCAGGACUGAUAAAGACAGUAUUGGCCUUGGAAAAUGGAGUAAUUCCUCCAAAUAGCACCAACUACAAGAAUCUGAACCCGCGCAUUGAUGACGAGUUCCUUCAUAUCAAGAUCCCAAAUGCGCCUGUUCCAUGGCCAACAAACACCCUUCGACGAGCAUCAGUUAGCUCGUUCGGUUUUGGCGGAUCUAACUCACAUGUUGUUCUGGACGAUGCAUACAAUUUCCUUCGUAUGCGCGGGCUGCUAGGAAACCACAGCACCGCCGUCCAUCCUCAAUCUCCAAGCUCAGACCAAUUCCAAUACAUCGACCACCCUCGCCAGGAUGAUAACCCAAAGCUCCUAGUAUGGUCCUCGGCAGACGAGAAAGGGAUUUCCCGUACCCAGGAAUCCUGGAAGUCCUUUCUGUCGGCAGAUUCAGUCCCCGAAAAUAAGACGCAGUAUAUCAACGAUCUUUCCUAUACGCUUGCAUCUCGCCGGACUCAUUUCCCGUGGAGAUCCUUCGUCGUGGCUAGAUCCUCUGAUGACUGGAGUGCUCUGCCGGAUAGGUUUGCCUCUGCGGCACGCUCUUUGACGUCGCCUAAUCUGGCAUUGGUGUUUUCUGGGCAAGGCGCUCAGUGGUAUGCAAUGGGCCGAGAGCUGCUCCACGCAUACCCCAUUUUCCAUGAAAGUAUAAAAUCAGCAGGGGUUUAUUUGCAGUCAUUAGGAUGCAGCUGGAGCGUUCUUGAUGAACUACAGGUGUCGGAGCCCGAGUCCCACGUCAACCAGCCCGAAUACAGCCAGACCAUGACGACUGCGCUCCAGGUAGCCCUGGUAGAUUUGCUCCGUAGCUGGGAUUUAGUCCCACGUGCUGUGGUGGGCCACUCGUCGGGGGAAAUUGCUGCAGCAUAUUCUGCCCAAGCCAUCUCUAAACAGUCAGCGUGGAAGAUAGCAUACCUACGAGGGAAAUUAAGCAGCGGGCUAGAAACGCAUAGUCUGAGAAAAGGGUCGAUGCUUGCUGUUGCCCUCUCAUCAGAUGAUGUUGCUCCCUAUCUUGAAGAUAUCAAGGCACGGCAUGACGACGCGCGGAUUAACGUUGCAUGCGUUAACAGCCCAAAGAGCGUGACUGUUUCAGGAGACGAAGCGCUUAUCGACAUUCUAAAAGACCGUCUUGACGAGGCAGAGGUGUUUGCCCGCAAGCUCAAGGUCGGAGUUGCGUACCAUUCCGCGCAGAUGCAGGAAAUUGCCACGGAAUAUCAAACAGCACUUGGGAAUCUGGAAAAGCCACAUCGGCAGGAUAGGACUCGGCCGGAAAUGGUUUCCUCUGUUACAGGGUCCUGGGCGGACCCUGGGGAACUGAUUAAGCCUGAGUACUGGGUGCGGAAUAUGGUGUCCCCUGUACUGUUCCUUGAUGCCUUGUCAACGCUCUGCUCAAGCUCUGGCGACCCUCCGAAGAAGUUGGAUAGGAGUCAUAUCAGGGACUACCCUAUUCACCAUCUCCUUGAAGUCGGUCCACAUUCAGUUAUGCAGGGAGCAUGCAAAGAUACCCUCAAGGCCAUGAACAAGGACAAGUCGACCUCAUAUUUCUCAAUGCUAAUCCGAAACGUGCACGCGGUCGAAACAGCACUUACAGCUGCUGGGAAUCUGCAUUCAGCUGGGUAUCCAGUGGAUUUGUCCAGGGUAAAUAAAACCAAUAAAACCACGACGCCUGGGAAUAACCCCAAGAGCUUGUCGAACCUACCGGAAUACCCAUUCGACCACUCAAAGUCGUACUGGCAUGAGUCACGACUCAGCAAAGGUCAUCGUCUGCGGAAGUUUGGACGUAAUGACCUCCUCGGUGCCCCUGAUCCAAAUUGGAAUCCCAUGGAUGCACGGUGGCGGCAUUUUAUUCGUUCUACUGAGAUGCCGUGGGUGCUCGAUCAUAAGGUUAACGAUACAGUUCUCUACCCCGGAAUGGGAAUGGUUAUCAUGGCCAUCGAAGCCGCAAAGCAACUUGCAGAGACAGGGAAGAGGAUAUCCGGAUUCUGGAUUAAAGAUGCCGCAUUCAAGGCCGCGAUACGGGUUCCAUCAAACGCAGACGGCAUCGAAACUGGGUUCUACAUGCGUCCUCUGCAAAGUGCCGAUGCGAAAAGCACAGGCUCGUUUGCGUUCAAGCUCUGCACUUUCGACAAUGAAACGUGGACUGAGAACUGUACUGGGUCUAUUCAGAUUGAGUAUGCAUUGGAGGAUGGCAAGAUACCUGAUAAGAAAGACACGGAGAUUGCGCGCGAGUUGUUGAAUACCCAGGUGGAUCGAUAUAGUGCUGUUCGAGAUGCAGCGGUCACGCCUGUAGAAGAUGCUGCUAUCUAUGAGUUGACUGCUCGGUGCGGGCUUGAAUAUGGAGAGGCAUUCCAGCUGGUGACUUCGCUGGCCUGGCAUCGUGAAGACGAGGGUCAAGUUACGAGCAACGUGCGCAGAGUCUCUGAAGGUCUGGAAACUAUACACCCGACUACCCUUGACGCCAUUGUCCAGACAUCGGUAUGGACAAGGACUCAAUCCGGAACACAGAUUAUCCCUACCAUGGUGCCGACUCAAGUCAAAAAGCUCUGGGUUUCUCAUGAGGGCCUUGGUCGUCUUUCGUCGGAUGUACUGAGAACUCACGCUGCUAGAUAUGAGGAGCCUCAAUUAGGUACGGCAGUCGACAUCGUGGCUUUUGAUGAAGGGCUGCAGCAAAAGCUGGUCCACAUCUCUGGUCUUCGCAUGAAUGUCGUCAGCGCAGGAAGCGAUGAAGACGAGAGUGCCACGACAUCCCAAGAGCAGCGAUGCCACCAUCUCGAGUGGAAGCCAGACCUAGGCCUGCUGAGCAACGAGGAGAUCGCUAACCUCUGCACCACGGAUGUAGAGGGUCAAACUGAACUAGACAACUUCUUCACGGAAUUAGACUUCCUCUUGACGGCUCGUGUUCUGCAAACACUGCGCCAGCUUCCUAGCGAGCCUGCCCAGCCGCAUUUGAAGAAGUAUAUCGAGUGGAUGGUAGAGAGAAAGCGGCUCUUUGACGAGGGCCAGGUCCAGUUCGCGUUUGAACCAUGGAGAACUCGUCUGGAUGAUACUGCCUACAUCCAAGAGGUCGAAGAGCGAGUCCUUAAUACGAACAAACGCGGAUACCUGAUGGCUUCAGUGGCUCGCAAUCUGCCUCUCUUCCUCACAGGCGAGCUCGAUCCGUUAGGGUUCCUCUUCCAGGGCGAGCAGCUGAAGGACUACUAUUUCGAACAGCUCCACGACUCAAACGGCCUGAAGCGAUUCAGCACAUACCUCGACCUCCUAGCUCACCGCAAUCCCCAGAUGCGCAUCAUCGAAGUCGGCGCCGGUACAGGCUCUAUGACUGACAUUAUGCUUCGCAGUUUAGGUCGCGGUGACGCGUCGUCUAACGAGCGUCGAUACGGGCAAUGGGACUACACUGACAUCUCGCGGUCCUUUUUUGGCGAUGCCCAGGACGAGUUUCGCCAGGAGGGUGGUCGGAUGCGAUUUAGCACGCUGAACAUUGAGCAGGACCCUGAGGCUCAGGGGUUUGAAUGUGGGACGUAUGAUGUUGUUGUGGCAUCUUUGGUUUUCCAUGCUACAGCUGAUCUAAAGACGACUCUAAUAAACGCUCGAAAGCUUCUAAAGCCAGGAGGAAAGCUCAUUCUGAAUGAAAUCACUGCUCCAAGCGUCAUCCGCACGGCAUUUGUAUUCGGUCUCCUGGAAGGAUGGUGGUUAAGCUCGGAAUCGUAUCGAAAAUUCGGUCCCUGCGUCGACACGCAACAGUGGCUCGAGCUCUUCGUCCAGACCGGCUUCUCAGGGCUUGAUGUCUCCCUACCAGACUAUGACGAUGCCAACUGCUACGAAAACAGCGUGCUAGUCACUUCUGCCGUUGAGGCUAUUCCUGAGCUGCCUGCAACUGAAAAUAUUGAGAUUGUUUAUGACCCCUCCGAGCCAGAGCAAGUGCAGUUGGCUCAGAGUCUGGUGUUUCUCCGGGACCAAAAGUCUGUUAUUCUUGCUUCAAUUAACCAGCGUCAAGAGUGCUUCUCUGACUCUGUCUCGCUGCGAGUAUUCCUCCUUGAGCUCGUAAACCCAGUUCUCGGUGAUAUCAAGCCAGAGCUCUUUGAGAAAGUACAGCGUCUGCUCUGUUCUACUACCGAUGUCCUCUGGGUUAGCUCCGGUGGCGAAGCUUCAUCCCCAACGCCUCAUAUGAGUCUUGCUGAUGGCCUUCUCCGCGUAUUGGCGUCUGAGGACGACCGGAAGAGUUGCCACUUGCUGUCCCUCCAAGGGAACACCAGUCCCGACCAUAUGAGGGGUCAAGUUACCAAGGUGAUCAAACUGCUACUCUCGCCUGGCAAAGAACGCGAAAGCCUGGAUACAGAGUACCGAGAACAACAAGGCUUACUGCAUAUUGGCCGGUUGAUGUCGUCUACGCAGUUGAACAACCACAUUGCUAUACAGACGACCCCAAAGCAGCACAGAAUGCAGGGCUUCAAAUCCGCGGACGUACCCCUCCGUCUAGACGCCCUUUCAUCCGGUUUAGUCCCAGGUUUCAAGUUCAUCGAAGACCCAAUCGCCACACAGCCCCUAGGACCCGACGAGAUUGAAAUCGAAGUCAAAUGCGCCGGCGUAAACUUCCGCGACGUCUUAAUCGCAGUCGGCCAGUUAAACUCGCCGCACACCGGGUUCGAGUGUUCAGGAACCGUGUCUCGCAUAGGAGAUGCCUGCUCCAGGUUCCAGGUCGGUGACUCCGUGGCUGCUCUGCAGGGCGGGUGCUUUGCGAACUUCGUCCGCCUGAAGGAGACAGCUGGUGUGGUGAAGAUCGGGCCUGGGGUUUCGUUUGCGGAGGCUGCGGCUGUCCCUGUUAACUUCGCCACAGCCUAUAUUGCCCUCCAUGAUGUUGCGCGCAUGCGAGCGGGCGAGUCUAUACUCAUCCAUGCGGGUGCUGGAGGAACAGGACAGGCUGCUAUUCAACUCGCACAGAAUCUGGGCGUGACUGUCUUUGCUACCGUGGGCUCUGACGAGAAGAGGCAGUUCCUCAAGGAUGUCUACGGUAUCCCCGAGACGCAUAUCUUCUCGAGCCGGUCGACAUUGUUUGCCGAGGCUGUUAAGUCCCGCACGAAUGGCCGUGGUGUUGAUGCCGUCUUCAACUCGCUAGCUGGCGAAAGCCUCAAGGCUUCUUGGGAAUGCAUCGCCCCGUAUGGACGGUUCUUGGAGAUUGGCAUUAAAGACAUUCUUGCAAACGACACCCUCCCGAUGAGACAGUUCCUGCAUAAUGUCUCCUUCAGCGCGAUCAACCUGGCAACCAUGAUGGGUGAUCGGCCUGAGAUGUGUGCUGCUGCCUUGUCGUCUGUGUACGGGAUGCUCGAGAAAGGGACACUCCGGCCGGCGCAGUAUCUCCGGGUCUACGGCAUUGGGGAAAUGGAAAAGGCGUUUCGGUCUAUGCAGAGUGGGAAGCACAUUGGGAAGAUUGUCAUUGAAAUGCGCGAGGAUGACGAGGUGAUGACGGUUCUGAGCACCCGAGCCAGCACCUCUCUAGAUCCAAACGGCACAUACAUCAUAUCCGGAGGCCUAGGAGGUCUAGGACGGAACAUCGCGCUCUGGCUGGUCGACCGCGGCGCUCGCAAUCUGCUCCUGCUGUCCCGAUCUGGAAGCACAAGCCCUAAAGCGCAAGAGCUGGUAACCGAGCUUUCUCGCCGUGGUGUCCGCGUCCUCACGCCAUCCUGCGAUAUCACAGACACAGACUCCUUAAGCUCCGCCCUUGCAGAGUCCCAAAGGCAACUCCCCCCGAUCAGAGGAUGCAUCCAGGCAGCCAUGGUCCUCCGCGACGCGCUCUUCGAAGCAAUGCCCUACACUUCCUGGAACGAAGCCACCGCGCCCAAGGUCCAAGGAACAUGGAACCUGCACCAGGCACUCCCAUCCGGACUCGACUUCUUCAUCAUGCUCUCCUCUAUCACGGGCAUCUUCGGCUCAAGGGGCCAAGCCAACUACGCCGCGGGGAAUACAUUCCAGGAUGCCCUCGCAGCGCACCGAGUUGCGCUUGGAGAGAGAGCCACUUCAAUAGACCUAGGCCUGAUCGGCUUCACAGGAGCUGUGGUCGACGAUGUCAAACUCCAGGAGCGCGUCUUGUCGAAGUCCGUCCUGGCCCCGAUUACGGAGCCGGAAAUGCAUGCCCUUUUGGAUGUCUACUGCGCUGCCGGCCUGGACGCCAGUAUACCAUGCCAGACGACCGUGCGCAUUGCUCCAAACCUCGACAACGCCAGUGCAGGCGACACAGAGUGGCUAAACAAGCCGAUGUUCCGGAAUCUGCGACAGCAGAACCAAUCGAGCGGGAGUGCCGCCGUCAGUGCAGAGGGAGCCACCAAUGUCGCUGCUUUACUCAGUCAAGCGCAGACGGUCACUGAGGCGAAUGAAGCUGUUAUCCAGGCUUUGCUGGCGCGGCUGUCCAAGGCUCUGUCGAUUCCUAUGCCGGAACUUGAUGCGAAUAAGCCGCUGCACCAGUAUGGAGUUGACUCGCUUGUUGCGGUGGAGCUGCGCAGCUGGUUUGCCAAAGAGAUUCAGGCUGAUAUUGCGGUGUUUGAUAUCUUGGGCAGUGCGACUGUUACGUCUGUUGGGCAGUUGGCGACUAGUAAGAGUAGGUUGACGAGGGAGAAGUGGGUGGAUAAAGUCUGA